AUGAACACUAUGUUCAUCGACAACAACAGCAUGCCUCAAUACCGUCUUCGAUUCAGCGAGGCAAAUAAUUUCACCCAUGCAACGGAACAAAUGCUCCAGGCAAUCCCUGGAAUAUGGCCACCCAAGUACAUACCUACACAGAAGGGAACCGAUACCUAUUGGUCCGACAUAUUAAAAAGCUGUCAAAAUUAUAAAUUUUAUUAUGGAUAUGUAUGA